GUAGGUCUCAGGGCGGAGCCUGGGGAGGGGCUGGCUCACGGUUCCGCUGGGAGCGUGGUGGUAGCACAGCACUGGGAAGCGGCCUCCUUGGCGGAAGCGGGCGCACUGCGCCAGGGCAUCGUCGUCCACCGCUCGAGGCACGAUUACCGCACGAGGGUAACUGGGGCACAAACUAAAGUCCUGGUUCACCUCGCUCAGCCGCCACGCGUUGGUCUGCAGCACAGAGAGGGCCGAAGGCCAGGUCUAAGACACACAAUGAGUGUCCAGUCGGCGUACCCCUUCUGGACCCGGUGCUUCCUCAUUCCCAGGCCUUUAUGACCGUUCCCACCUCGCGAGCUACUCGCUUGUAGUAGCGUUCGGGUGGGUGGAAGUGCCAGGCGUCGCCCAAUCUCAGGCCCUUGGGACGGUAGAAGAACGGAAAGGAGGUGAUGACCGAUUCCAGGGAGGACAGUGCCUGGGGACGGAAGUCCAGGGCUCUAGGAUUUGUUUCGAUAGAGUACACUCCAGUCCCUCUCUUCAGCUCCCACCUCUCCGUGUACCCUCGGCCAUACUGCAUGCCCUGCCAGUUAGCUGAGCCUCGGGAUAACACCGGUACGGAGCCCCUUUGCACAGUAGCCCCUUUUUGCUUCCCUCCGUACUGGAUAGGGGUAGCUUAAGGACCUCGGGUACGCCCCCUACAUACCUCGAUGGAACGGGCGAUGUCCAGCGUCGCUUCCACGCCCUCUAUGUCCAGCUGCAGCACUCUCAGGUCCUUACAGCGCAGCGUGAUGGUGCCGGAGUCACCCGCCACCCUGGAGAUGGACAGACUCAGGCUCCGUAUUCCCCGCCCUCCACCAGGACAAGAGAAAGAGUUUCAUACAAUUGGACGUUUUGCAGGAGGGCGCCCGCUCCAAGUGCUCUGGCCCUUCCCCCUCUCCCCGGCAAGUCGCGCGCUCCCCAACUUGGGGGACGUCCCAGCCACGUCUCACCGCUUCUCAAUGGAGUCGACACUGCGCAACAGCAGCAACCACAGGUCCGGAGUCGAUGGGGGCCCUGGAGACAGCAGCAGGUGGUGACCGGUGACGCACAGCGUGCCGCGCAGCGGGGCCUCCUCCGGGCCCGGGAGGAGCUCGGCUUGGGCCCGACCCGUGCGGAUCAGCUCUGAGAACUCCAUUCUACCAGCGGGGGCCCUGGGGCCCAGCGGGACAGGCUCCGGUAGCGUCGGGCGGGGCGAACGCGGACUCGGAAAGGGACAGGAACUGGCUGGGCAGCUGGCGACGCCGGCAGGACAGCUGUUAAGGAAGCCCCUCUGAGGAAGGGAUCGUACAGUUUCACAGGCAUUUUUCUCCUGUUGCCAAUACCAGUGAGGACCCCGGCCAAAGUCUACUAAGGAAACCUCAAUUUCAUCUUCUGGGAAAUGGGGAGAAUAAUCUUUCCUGAAGUCCUUGCCUGGGUCUCAAUAUUUUGAGCUUUUUAUUUUUGGGUUGCUGGCAUUCCUGCUGCCUUAAAAAGAAAGAUCAAUAACCAUCUCUUGCUCUGAACCAUGGUGGAUGGGUUGGAAAGUGUGAAACUGCGAACUGCCUACUUCCUCCCAUACAUCUGAAGCUUGGGUGGGGGAAAUCCCUUGGUCCACCUUAAAUGCAAGCAGCUGUGUAGCUGGCGCCCCUCCCGCUCCACAGCUGGAAGUCCCUGCCUGAGGGCGCCCUCGACCGGGGUCAAUUCUAGCUGUUGCUUAUCCUCAAUAACCCAUCCCUUAUGCAGCAUCCCCAGGUUCCUACUGCCCAGACAAUGAGUUGGACCAAGUGUUUGGUGCUGAGAGGCAGGAGUGACUGAGGAAGGUUCUGUUCACAGGAUUUUCAGUCUGGCAAGAGAUAAGCUUAAGCUAGUAUAAUUACAAACGGAAACUAAACUGAUUUGCUGAAGGACUCAUUCAUCAUCUAUCCAUCCAUCUAUCCAGCAGAAAUUUUAUUUCUUAUCAAUGUCUGCAUUAUGUUGAAUCUGAUUAAGAGUAAUUAAUUCACUAGGUAACUCUUCUUUUAAAUGAAAAAAAAAGUGAAAUUAUAGGUGGGCUCCUAUAAUGAAACCAUAAGAUUGGAAUUGUUCUUCUAUCAAAGAACCAGACAUGAAAGAGUUCAAAUUAUAAAAUUUCAGUCCAACAGCAGCAGUUAUAGUGGGAAUUUGAGAGACAUGUGAAUUCUCAAGUCCCACUCCAGACAUACUAAAUCUGAAACUUUGUGGAUGAAACUUUCCAGGUAAUUCUGAUGCAUGCUCAAGUUUGAGAAUCGCUGAAAUGUAUACAAACAGGCAAAAGUAAUUUAUGCUGUCAGAAGUUAGGGCAAGGCUGGGACUGUAACUCGCUGGUAGAGCACUUGCCUAGUGCACACAAAGCCCUGGGUUCAAUCCCCAACACCACCCAUGAAAAAAAGAAGAAAAAAGAAAUACAACAGUCUAGGAGGAGUACUGUACUUGUAAUAUAUAAUACUCUUGCUUGAUCUGGGUGCUGGUUACACAAUUGUAUCCAGGUUGGAAGAAUUCAUCAAGUUGUGGAUUUUAUAAUAUGUACAUUGCUCUUUAUGUAUGUUUUAUUUCAAUACAAGGUUUAAAGAACGGAAAUACUAUGGUUGAAAUUCUGGGGGAGGGAGAAGGAAAGCAGACUAGGAGCCCAUUCACAUCCUUAGCUUUGCCCUCCCUUAAAGAGACAGUCCUGGAGGGACUUGCCAGGGAACUUAAGGACCCUUAGAAAAAAGCUUAAAAUCAUUGAUCUGUCUCAGCAGAAGCUCAUAGAGGGACAGGGACUUGCCCAAAGUCUCAUUGAAUCAGAACUGGAACCUGGGUCCUCUUACUGCCAGCUGGGGCCUCUGGACCCUAUUCCUUGGCUGAUGGGCUAGUGCUGUAAAUGAGGGUGGGGCAGCUAAUCAACCUCCUCCCCCUCUCAGCUUCUGGUCUUGGGUCUUGGGAGCAGAGCCAAGACUGGUGUGAAUGAUGCUUUUCUUAUCCUGGAGCAAUUUCCUUUCUGGGAACUGGGAGUCUCCUUCUGGGCAAAGACAAUAAAAUCAUCUAAAGAAGUAGAAAAGCAGGGUGCCUCCUGCCCCCACCGGAUGGGCAUCACGUGGCUGCUGGUUAGGAUUCCAGGAAAAUUCCAGUCCUUGCACACUUAGCCUCACACACUCAUCUGCUCAUCCAGCCUGGCACACUCAGCCUCUCUAUCCCACCUUGAACAUUACCAUCACCCACUCUCUGGCACACUCUUUUCACGCUCAGUUUGCACCACCUCUCCUGGGCCAUAUUGCAGGCCUUUCCCUCAUCUUAGAGCAGCCCUGCCCUAUCACUCACUGCGAACCCACCAUGUCCCUGGGGUCACUGAAAUUCCAGGCAGUGGAUGAGGAGGACGAAGAGGAGGAGGAAGAGAGCCUGGACUCUGUGAAGGCCCUGACAGCCAAGCUGCAGCUGCAGACUCGGCGGCCCUCGUAUCUGGAGUGGACUGCCAGGGUCCAGAGCCAGGCCUGGCACAGGGCGCAAGCCAGACCUGGGACCGGUGGACCUGGUGCCAUCUGCGGCUUUGACUCAAUGGACUCUGCACUUGAGUGGCUCCGACGGGAGCUGCGGGAAAUGCAGGCUCAGGACCGGCAGCUGGCAGGGCAGCUGCUGAGGCUUCGGGCCCAGCUGCACCGGCUGAAGGUGGACCAAGCUUGUCACCUGCACCAGGAGCUGCUGGACGAGGCCGAGCUGGAGCUGGAGCUGGAGCCCGGAGUCGGCCUGGCAAUAGCCCCGUCGCUACGGCACUUAGGCCUCACUCGCAUGAACAUCAGCACCCGGCGCUUCACCCUCUGCUGAGGGGCACCUGCAGGCCUCCUUCUUCUUUGAGAAGAAAGAUGGGUGUGGUGUCCCAGAAGGGCCAGUACCUGGAGGGGUGGGGGCACACUCAGGUCUCUUAGACCCUCCAAGCUCCUCAAUAAACGUCU